GAGAGGGGAAACGGCGCUCGCGACUCAGCUCUGAACAUCAUCUGCUCCAAAACUCGUUCACACAGCACACUCAGGAUCCGAUUUAAUCCCGGAAAAGUCAUCUGCAUGAUCGGGGGACACAAAAACGCGCAGUAUGGUCCGGGAAACCAGACAUUUAUGGGUGGGGAAUUUACCUGAAAAUGUACGUGAGGAGAAAAUUAUCGAGCACUUCAAACGAUAUGGACGAGUGGAGAGUGUCAAGGUCCUCCCGAAGCGUGGAUCUGAGGGUGGCGUGGCUGCCUUUGUGGACUUUGUGGACAUUAAAAGUGCACAGAAAGCUCACAAUACUAUCAACAAGAUGGGGGACAGAGACCUGCGGACUGAUUACAAUGAGCCAGGGACUAUCCCAAGUGCUGCACGAGGUCUGGACGAUAGCCUGUCUAUAGCAACGCGUGGGCGCGAUGUUUCGGGGUUCACAAGGGGGGCGGGGACCACAGUUUAUGGGCCUCCUGCGUCACUCCACAGCAGAGAGGGACGAUAUGAACGCAGACUAGACGGGGCUUCAGAAAGCCGGGAACGCACUUAUGAUCACAGUGCCUAUGGACACCAUGAGCGUGGCAGCAGUAGUUUUGAUCGCCAACGUCACUACGAUACGGAGUAUUAUCGAGACCCUCGGGACCGAACCCUUAGUGGAGGUGGUAGUGGGAGUGCUAGUUCAUCUAGUGCAAGUACGGGAGGAGCCUCUUUAGUGGUCACUGGAGGGUCUGGAGGAACAUGUUCAAGCAGCACUGCUGCUGGUGGAAGCAGUGCUAGCGCUGCUGGAACAGGAAGCGGGGGAUCCACAUCAGGUAGCAUUGGCUUUUAUGGAUCUCGAUGUCGGAGCCCUGCUCGCUUUGAGAGUACGGAAACACGCUACGAGGCCCGUACGCGUGAAUCGUAUACACUGGCCAGCGCGGUGCACCGGGAUCUCUAUCGGGAAGAGAGAGGCAGACGAGGAGAUAGGACUUACCACCACAGCCGCAGCCGGUCUCCACACACCUCGCAAUCACACAAUGUAUCACCACAGAGGUUGACCAGCCCGACAGCAAGGCCCCCUCAUUCCCCCAGUGGGUCUGGCUCCCGUAGCCGCUCUUCUAGCUCCGACUCGGCCAGCAGCACCAGCAGCAGCGGCAGUGGCAGUGAAUCCAGUAGCAGCUCCAGUGAUGAGUCUCCAGCUCGAUCUGUUCAGUCAACUGCUGUACCAGCUCCUUCCUCUCAGCCUCUGCCUCCACUUGAUAAAGAUGAGCCCCGCAAGAGUUUUGGUAUCAAAGUGCAGAACCUGCCUGUGCGUUCAACAGAUACUAGUCUGAAAGAUGGUCUUUUCCAUGAGUUUAAAAAGCACGGAAAAGUGACAUCAGUUCAGAUUCAUGGUGCCUCUGAAGAAAGAUAUGGACUUGUCUUUUUUCGUCAGCAAGAGGACCAAGAAAAAGCUCUUAGUGCAUCAAAGGGAAAACUCUUUUUUGGGAUGCAAAUUGAUGUUACUGCCUGGACUGGCCCUGAGACCGAAAGUGAGAAUGAGUUCCGGCCACUCGAUGAACGGAUAGAUGAAUUUCAUCCCAAAGCUACACGAACACUGUUCAUUGGAAAUUUAGAGAAGACCACAAGUUACCAUGACCUGCUUAACAUUUUUCAGCGCUUUGGGGACAUUGUUGAUAUUGAUAUAAAGAAGGUAAAUGGUGCCCCACAGUAUGCCUUUCUGCAAUACUGUGACAUCGCUAGUGUCUGCAAAGCAAUAAAGAAAAUGGAUGGCGAGUACCUUGGGAGUAAUAGAUUAAAGUUAGGAUUUGGAAAAAGUAUGCCUACCACAUGUGUAUGGUUGGAUGGCCUGGCUUCCAACAUUACAGAACAGUAUCUUACAAGACAUUUUUGCCGUUAUGGACAUGUUGUUAAGGUUGUAUUUGACAGACUGAAGGGGAUGGCCCUGGUCCUUUAUAACAACAUUGAAUGUGCACAGGCUGCAGUAAAGGAAACCAAGGGUUGGAAGAUUGGGGGUAACAAAAUUAAGGUUGACUUUGCCAAUCAUGAGAGUCAGAUGGCUUUUUACCGUUCGAUGCAGGCAUCAGGACAGGACAUCAGAGAUUUUUAUGAUAUCCUUUCUGACCGUCGAGAUGAACGGAGACCACUCUAUCAUGAAUUCUCCACUGAACGGGCAUGCUAUGAAAAUAUAAGAAGUCCUGGAACAUACGCAGAAGAGCUGCGCCGCAAAUAUUCUGCCAGAAGUCGCGAAUUUUACACAGAAUGGGAUCCCUACACAACGGACUAUUAUGACCCGAGAUAUUAUGAUGAACCUUGUGAAUUCAGGGACUACCGAGACCCUUAUGAGCAAGAUAUAAGAAAAUACAGCUACAUGCAGCGAGAACGCAAUAGAGACAGAGAACGCUUUGAAACGGACAGAGAACGUGAUCAUAGCCGACGGACAGCUGAACACAACCAAAGUCCAUCUCAUCCACGUCGUCCUUCUAGCCCCAGUGUGUCCCCUGUUUUAACUGAACGCCUAGUUAGUGACCCCGAACAUCAUAUUUACAGUCGCUCAUCUGAAAGAAGUGGCAGUUGCAGCUCAAUUUCUCCACCACACUUUGAAAAGCCAGACAGAAUUCGUUUGGACCGGUACAGUAAAAGUGACAAACUUGAGAAGGAAAGGCCACUCUUUGAAGCAGAUCGUGCAAAUGGAGGAGAAAAAGAAAGGCGAGCUGGACGUAAGGAUAAAGGAGAAAAAGACAGAACUGAGAAGCACAAAUUAAGGAAGUUAAAACUUUCAUCUCCUAGUGUUCCGUCAUCUGAAACAGACCUUGAACCUGAUAGGGAUGCCAGCCCUGACACAGCCCAGCAUAAUUCUGGCAAAACGCUGGCCAAAGAAAAAGAAUCUGGAAAAGGAAGGCUAGAUCUUCCACCUUGUGUUGUUCAUUUAACACGAGUCAAAGAAAAGGAAGGAAAGUUUAUUGACCAUGCCAUUGUUGAGACACAAAGACUCAGGGCUGCUAGUGAUCAUGUCAGUUCUCCAGCUCCACCCUUGGCUGAUCACAAGACUAUGUUACAUCGUAUAGAAAUUCAAAGUAGAGAGGUUCUUAAACAUGGAAAAAUGCCAAAAGAUAAAUGUUUGGCUAGCCAAAUAGAGAUUGUAGACAAAGAAAGCAAAAUCAAAGGCAGAAAAUACCUUAAAGCUGAACCUGUAUUUGAAAAAAGCAAUUCUGAUGCUGAUCGUUUAGCAGCUCGAAAGAGGCGUUUUGAGGAAGAAACAACAAGAGCUAAUCGCCUGAGGAGAGUAACCCAGGAUGCAGAUGAAGGGCGAUUUGGACUGAAGUGGCUGGGCAAUAUUCAUUUCUCAAAGGGGCUGGAGGAGGACAAAAAAUUUACUCAACUUGAGAUACCCAAACAAGAGAGUAAAAUUGAUAAGAAAGAAUGUCUGGUUACUUUAAGUACCCCAAGUGAAGGGCCAGACUCAGAAAUGAGCAAAAAUCUCGGUCCCAGUAUUGACCUGCAGCCUCGGGAACUGGCAGAGGAAGCAACAGAUCCCAUAAACGAGCUUGAUCAGAGGAUGCAUGGUUUUGGAGCAAAGGAUCAGCAGUGCCUCAGUCUUAAAGUGUCUGAUGACAAAAGCUUAGAAAUGGAACAGGAAUUAAUUGACCGUAAAAGGCUGUCUGCAUUGCAACAAAUAGAUGCUCUAAAUAGUGAAGAAAGGUUACUGUUUGACCUGGACCACUCACAAAGCUGUAGGAAACAAAUGGAGCAAAGCCAUUGUCUCCAGCAGCAGCUGCUACAAGACUGCGAUAAAACUGAAAAUACAUUUAGCAUUGAUGUCCAAGACUUUGAUAAUCAAUGUCUUGUACGUGUGGUAGGCAAACCCCCUCUGGAUGUUACUGAUGUUUCACCUCCUCUCAAGCGAAAGAGGUUAGAAGCAUUUGAUUAUCAUGUUAUAACUAAUAAAGAAUGUAAUUAUCAAGGUCCCGGGCAACUAAAUGAUGAUUCUGAAAGGAGUGUUACCUCUGCCUCGGUUGAUGAGGAUUUGCCUGCUGACUCAUUACAUUUGAAUAUAGAUAAAGCAAAAGACAAAUCUAAAUCAGAAAACAACUCACACUGGGAUGGAUUAAAAUGCAAUAAUCACAACACUGUCACAGACACAGGUUGGGAGAGUAAAACGAAACAGGACGUAGUGAAAGAAAUGAGCUUUCCCAGUACCAUUGUGAAACGUGAGAGCAUUAGAAAGCGCCUUGUACAUGAACUGGAGCCUGGAGAGGUUCGGUCAGACUCUGAUGAUGAUGACGACGACGAUGACUACACACCUAUGUCACCAAAGCUGGACACUUCCCUCAAAAGAGAAAGUGAGGGAAAGGUUUUGGACCUCAAACUCUCAGGUUCCUUGGAAAAAAACAAGUUCUAUGAAUUUGCAUUGGAUAAGACAAUAACACCAGACACAAAAGCCUUACUCGAGCGAGCUAAGUCUCUUUCUUCAUCAAGGGAAGACAACUGGUCUUUCCUUGGCUACGACUCACGGUUCACAAGCUUUCGAAAUUGCACAGACAAAGAGAAAGUCGAGCCCACACCCAGACCCAUUCCAUCCUGGUAUAUGAAAAAAAAGAAAAUCCGGUCUGACUCCGAAGGAAAGCUUGAAGACAAAAAAGAAGACCCAAAGCGAGAAGAACAAGAGAAUGGAGAACUAUUUGCCUCUCGUUUUCUGCACAGCUCUAUAUUUGAGCAGGACUCAAAACGUCUUCGACAUCUUGAAUGCAAAGACAAUGAUCCUGAGAUUGGAAUCGGAGAGAAGGCUACGAUCACUGUAGAAAAGGCUGAGACUGUAGGAGCAGACCUUUUGCAGGAGCCCAUAGUGCUGUUCCAUAACCGAUUUUUGGAGCUACAGCAAAAAAAGGACAAAGACCAAGAGUCACACUCUUCUGAAAAAACCAUUGAGGUGGAAACAGUUGAGAAAAAUACUGCGCCAGAUCAAGAACAAGUUCAGUCCCCUAAAGAACCUGAUGUUGUGACUGGUUUAAAAUCAGCAAGCCCUUUGUUUUCAGAAUCUCUCCUCAGCCCCACAGAGACAUUUGUGCACCAGAAUAAGCCAGCUGGUCCUGUUACUGAGUCACCAGUUAUAGAUGAGAAAUUAGAAGAUACUCAAAUAGUCUCCCAUCAAUUGUCCAGCCCCAUGAAUGACAUUAAAGCAGCUGAUGCAGUAAGCACAGCACCUUUGACAAAGAUGGACAACACUGAAGUAGAGCCUGAAGAAGAAAUUAAUGAACACACAGAAAUUGCAGUGAACACCUUAGCUGAAAAGCAGAAUGCUGAUGUAAAACCUCCAGCACUUGGUGCAUGCUUAAGUAAUUUGGAGGCAGAGUCUGAGCCUGCUGAGUGUCUGUCUCCUAUUCCAGCUAAGCUUGAAGAUGUACAAGUGCCUCUUAAGGUGGAGCUGGCUGAAGAGAAAACAGACUAUCAUGAUUGUAAUUCUCACCAGAAUGUGGAGUCGUCUCUGGAGAUGCAGUUAGUGGUCUCUGAACCUGAGGUUGAACCGACACAACCAGUACGGAAACAAACUAAGAAUAAAAAAACAAAAGCAAACUCCUCAGCAUUAUUACCUGUGCUGCCAUCUCAACCAGCUAGCAUUGAGAAACCAGCAAUACGGAAGAGUGAACGGAUUGACAGAGAAAAGCUGAAAAGAACAUCACCAAGAGGAGAGGUAAUAAAUAUAAUAUCUGACUCCAAAAACUCUUCCAAAUCACCUGUUUAUGCAACAGAUUUGGAGCAGAUGAGUGACCCAUCCGUGCCCCAUGGCAGAACACGGCAACGUCGGAAUGUUCGUUCUGUCUAUGCCACACCACAUGAGGAUGAGGUGCAUCAACAGCAGGGUAAAGAUUUUGCUGAAUCUUCACGUUCCAUGCGAAAACGUGCUGAUAAAGAAUCUAUACAGCAGGAUCUAUUGACUCCACCAGCCAGCACAAGGAGAGGCCGUCCACCAAAAACACGUAAAAGAGUGGAUGAUGUGUCUUCAGUGAAGGGGGAACAGACAAAAACACCUGAACUUGAUGACCCUAGUAUCAAAGAGUCUGGAAAAGGUGGUGAAAUAACUAAAGUUGCAGAGGGGUGGCGUUCUCCUCGCUCUCAAAAGGUUCAGGCAAUAGUUAGAGCUGGACAGUGCAGAAAACAAGCUAAAACAGACAAACCAUCAGAAGUUGAUACCUCUGAAAACUUGAAGUCUCAAGUUGAAACAAAAGAGGAGACUCCCUUCCUGGAAAAAGUGGCUAAAAAGCCAGAAACAGAUCUGAUGGACAAAACACAGAUGUCUGAAAAAAGUGUGAAGGUCAAGGUGCCAAGAUUGACACGCAAUACCAAAACGGUACCUAUUGAUAAGUCAGUUAAUCUUAAAAACCUUGUCAUUGAUCUUAGUGGGGAUGCAGUUAAAGAUGCACUGUAUUCUGGGGAUGAAAGCAAUCAACACUGUCAAGAUCCUUCAGAGAAAACCAAAACAGAAUUAUCUGUUCAAGAGGAGUCUAAAACUGCAAAAUAUUUCAAAGAAUCAGAUCACCUCAUCCCAAAUGAGAGGGAGGAAGUUCUUGCAGAUGUGGAGCCUCCUGUUGAGCCAGAGGAAGUGUUCCUUGCCCGUCAGAUGGAAUUAGAGAGAGCAGUGGAAAAUAUUUCUAAUCUAGCAGUUGAACAACCACUACCCUACAAGGAGCCAUCUUGUCAACCUCCUGUUGUAACACCUGUUGCAGCAGAGUCUGAUCAAACCGAGGUAGAAAAGCCUGCAAAUCCUGCAAGUGAAACUGAGCUUGCUGCUGCAAUUGAUUCAAUUACUGCUGAGAAUAUUUCUGCUGAUGCAGAUGGAUUUCACACUCCUACAUACACAUCACUCCUUCCAACAUCAGAGUCACUUGUCUUGCCCACUUCAAAUGAGGUCACAGAACCAGAGACAGAUAUGGUAAUAAAGAACAUAAGGGAUUUUGAGCCAAGUAGUAAUUUGACUCCAGAUUCAAAGUCAUCUCAACCAACAGUGGUUACUGAAUGUCCACCAUCAGAGGUACCCAAGAAGGGUGGAAGACCUCGACUAAAAACACCAAAGAAAUCCAAAGGUCGAAAGGUUUCUGCCAACAAAAAAUCAGCUGUGAUAUCACAUGCAGUAUUGGAAGCCGAAUUGGCAGCAGUUAAACUACCGGAGUCAAUUCCUGAAGACAUGCAAACUGCUAAUCUUAAAACAGCCAGUUCAUCCUCAGCAGCUACUGUAGUCACUGUAGCUGCUGCAUGUAAAAAUGACGUUGCAUCAGUGGUGACCUUAAACACUCCCAAGGAGGCUGAACAACCUGUUAUAGAUCAGCCUGAACCUCAAGAAUCAGCCUUCCAUUCUGGAACUAAUAGUCCUUCAUAUUUAAGGUCACCAGAACCAUCAUCAGAACCAGUAGCACCUGCUCUUACCCCACCAUCAACCUGUCUAAAUGCAACACCAUCUCAUUCAUCUAAAGUACCUCAUGCAUCCCCAGACUGGGUGACCAGAACAGAAGAGAAAGUGACACCUCCUAUACACAAAGUUGCUGUAGUUGCAUCGGCACCCACUGUGGUAGUAGGUGGGCACUCUGCAAAUACUGCAGUUCCCCCCGACACUAAAGCCUCUGAUAUUGAUCCUAGCUCUAGCACCUUAAGGAAGAUUCUAAUGGAGCCAAAAUAUGUAUCUGCUUUAAACAGCAGUUCUGUGCCAAGCACACUGCUGACAACAUCAUUAACGGACCCCAGAAUGUCCCAGAGUGAGAGUUUACCUGUUAUAAAAUCCUCAGCACUUGAGGAUAGACCCAGUCCUGUAACACCAGUUACACCUCAAAUGGUGCCUCCACAACAACCUCCUCCCCAACCCAGUGAAACUCUGAAUAUCUUUAAGGAAAAACUGGGCAACACCGUUAUCUCUUCUGCUGCUACUUCUGUCAUUAGUCGAAUUCCUAUGCCCUUUGAUUUUGAUAGCACCCCUCGUAUAUCUUUGAGCAACCGCAACUCUGGACUGUCUCAAACCAAGCACAAGUAUCGCUUCAGCACGAAUGACAAUAAUAGCUACCAUGGACUCUCAAAUUCUGAUGACGGACGACCUUCUGAUAAUACAGCCAGUAACACAGGCUCAGGUCCUGGUUUGAGGGUAAACACCUCAGAGGGUGUGAUGGUACUAAGUUAUUCAGGGCAAAAGACAGAGGGUCCCCAGCGUAUUGUUGCUAAAAUCAGCCAAAUUCCACCCCCCAGUGCAGCUGACAUUGAAUUUCAGCAGUCUGUUUCAAAAUCUCAUGUUAAACAAGAGCAACUUCAACCUCAGCCAUCUACACCUAAAGCAUCCCAGACACCCACAGCUCAACGACACACAGGUACUAUAUUAAGCAGCCAAGGGUUCAAUGCCCAGCCUGUCAUUUCCUCCAUAAAAAAGCAAGGUCCUGUUACUGACAAAUCUGAAUCAUCUCCUCCUACUGGUUCACAGGGUGCUCCUUUGAAAACCUUCCAACACUUAAGUCCCAGUCAUCAGGUCUUGAGGUACAAUCAAUUAAUGUUACAGCAACGUAUUAAAAAAGCACCUGUUGCAGAAUCUGUUUCAGUGAAAGCUGAUGUUAAACAAUCACAAUCCUUCAAUCACACCCCAGUUUUAAGUCCACACCCCUCCCCUGUGCAAGGAAAUCACAUUUCAAGUCCAGCUACCCCUAAUGAUAGAUCGGUCUGUCAACCAAAACAUGAGUUACACUGUUCAAGGACAUUGGCCUCUCCAUUCUCUAAAAUUUGCCCACCUAGUACCUCAGUAGGCUUGGGGGCAAGUGGACCCAACUAUGUGACAAACGUACAUCAUCCUGAGCAGUCUGUCAUUAUUCACCCUCCCAGUGCCACACAAUCGGUCACAAUUGGUCAGUUGUCCCAAGGAAAUGCCAGAAUGAACACUCCUCCUCUGGCUGGAAUUAACUAUGGAAUACGCACAGGUUCUCUCUCUUCCCCGACGUCUGGUCCGCCACAACGCUCCACUACACCCCAACCAGCAAUAACGAGAGAUAGGCUGUUGAAACAACAUGGAAGUGCUGGCCAGGUGAGUGGAGCAAAUGAAAAUGAUGUGCGACACUUCCAUCAAGGAACACGUAGGACAUCCGUGGCCCAAUUACACUCCGAUGUCGUGGUAAUACAGCCUGAGUACAAAGGAAUACAUCAUGGGGGGUUGCAUCUGGAUCACUACAACAGAGACUUGCGUGUACUUAUGCCUCAACAGUUAACAGAACACCCAGGUGUUCUUGAAGCUCACAAGGCUCAAACACCAGAACCUCCUUCACUGUCAUCACCCUCUCAUAUAUCUUCAGCAUCUUCAAAAUCGCCCUCUGUUAAGAAUCCUUCACUGACUCUGAGAGACUCACCAAAGGCAUUGGAGGUGAAAAUGUCUCAGUCUACUCAUUCUCCUCAUUCAGAGAGUAGAGUAAUUGGUCAUACUCCUGCCUCAGUCAUUUCUGCUCAAGGAGUACAGCGGAUACAUCCUGGCAGUCCUGGCUCCAUACCUGAAUUUUACAGAGAGCAUGGCUUCCAUUCCAAGUUACCUGGUUCCUCAGUAAUUGGGAUUAAUAUGGCUAAUUAUGGCAUUGCACCAUCUCAGAGCUCCCAGGAAGGUGAACACAGAUCUAAAGCUUCCCAUAUUGCAUCUGGCGGCCCACUUAGGGAAACGGCACUUAACAUGCCGCACGUUAGGCAUCCGGGGUCAAUGGAUAUGUCUCAUGUACAUCGAAUCCAGGGCGAGAGCACUUCUCCUGCUUACACCUCUCCAACUGCCAUGACACCCAAAUUGGAAGUAUCUCACUCUCUCCAGAAGGGAUCUCAGAGUCUUUCAUCAGGGCUCAUUUCACUGCUUCCUUCAGCACCAUCCAAUAUAAGACUUGAUAUAAAACCUGACAGUGCUGGGCACCCAUCAGUUGACAUGGUUCAACUGUUGAAGAAGUAUCCUAUUGUAUGGCAAGGUCACUUGGCACUCAAGAAUGAUAGUGCUGCAGUCCAGUUACACUUUGUUUCUGGUAAUAAUGUCCUGGCUCACCGUUCACUACCUCCUUCAGAGGGAGGUCCCCCUCUUCGCAUUGCCCAGAGAAUGCGUUUAGAAGCUUCCCAACUUGAGGGAGUUGCAAGGAGGAUGACUCUUGAGGAUGAUUACUGCCUCUUGUUGGCGUUACCCUGUGGUUUGGACCAAGAGGAUGUUCUCAUUCAGACUCAUGCUCUUAAAACCUGCUUUAUCACAUACCUGCAGGCAAAACAAGCUGCUGGGAUUAUCAAUGUUCCCAACCCAGGCUCCAAUCAGCCAGCCUAUGUUGUCCAAAUAUUUCCUCCUUGUGAGUUCUCUGAGAGCCACUUGUCUCACCUUGCUCCAGACCUCCUCAAGAGCAUUUCCAGCAUCUCACCGCAUCUCAUGAUUGUUAUUGCAUCUGUCUAAGACUUUCCGGAAAGAGCCCAUUUCCUUAAAUAAGAAUAAUGCCAACACCAGCUGAACAAGAUUUUGGCAAAGGCCUCAGUUUAUUUACUCAUCUGUGGUCUUUACUCAUGCACUCAUUCUUUUUGGUUCUUUCACUAAAUCCUUUAUUCAUUGUGAUUUCAUAAUCCAUUUAACUCACAGUAGUAAAUGGAGCUUUGUAAUGAUCAAUUUUCUGAUCAUUUUUAUUGUUUUCAUUGCUUUUUGGAAAGUUUUGAAAGUGUAUCUAUGAUUUUUAACACCUGUAUAAACUCUUUUAAAGUUAACGACAUUGGACUGAAA